AUGGCUCCUCCUACAAAACAGCAGCGCUCCCAGCGACUGCAAGAGCUAGCAAACCAACUUGGUGCUAUUCCAACCACCAACACCGCCCCCCUCACUGCCCUUGCCAACCCACCGACAUUUUCUGGCCCAGACGAUGAUCGAAAGGCGAAAGCCAUACUUGGGCAAUUCGAAAUUGAGUCUUCUCAAAACCCCAGUCUAAAAAAAUCAUGCAAACCCGAAAAAUACAGCGUGUACUCCUACGCCCAUCUCUACGAUGGACUGGCAAAGGUCAUUGAAGAAAAUGGCUUGCCAGGAGUACUUGAAGCGCUUCUGAAGAGGUUCAAAGAAGAGGGUGGAGACAUCAGCCUUGCGAGACAGGGGAAAUCGCGCAAGCUACAUAGCAACAUCCCCCGAGAACGUGGAUAUCUUCUUCAAAAAGCGACAACAAAACGCAGUGAGCCAUAUGUUCAGCUCCUGGUCCCACAUGGCAACCAAGUAAGUCUUGACGAGUCGCUUCGGAUUGCACUUGGGUUCAAGGAUAUGGCAAUCAUUAAACUACUAUUGCAGUAUGACUCAAUGUUGAUCUUGUCAUCAGGCGCCAAUGCAACACCUCACGAUACAGCCUUUUCUGAAGCUGUCAAAAAUAACGACGUCGCGCUCGUGGGUCUACUGUUGCGUGCUAGACACAGGGUCCCCAACGAAUGCAUCUCGCAACUCCUACUGCCCGCCGCCACAAGUAAAUAUGAUAGAAUCGUGACACUGCUUGCAAAGGCUGGUGCUGAUGGAGACCACGACAAUGCAUCUACUCUGAUGUGCGCGGUACGCACUAUGCAGGUGAAUAUCGUUGCCACCAUACUAUUAGGCCAAUCGCCCCCUUCAGGCCCCUCACUAGACCGAGCUCUGGCGUUAGUAUUUUCAGCUCCCCAAUCUGGUGCGAUUGGCAGUCACCUUAUGAUUGAGCUGUUAUUGUGUGCUGGUCCCGUCGGGGAUGCAGUAAAUGAUGGCCUCAUCCAAGCGACGAAGGAGAUCGGCAUCGAUCUCAUGCAGCUGUUAUUGAGAUACGACAUUGAUAUCAACUACAAGGCAGGUGCUGCUGUCGGCGACGCCAUCCAACACAACCGUACCUUCCUCGUCGAAAUGCUCCUCGAAGACCAUACUCUAAGCGCUACAACCGCGUCUGAAUUGGUCCACCACAUUCCUCGCGACGUUCCAUCCAUGGAAAAGACUGCAAUACUCUCGAAAUUAUUAAUACACGGCGCAUGCGGAACACAUUGUAAUGAGCUGCUGAUUGUAGCUGCAGAUCAAAACGACAUGGAGACUGCUCACAUCCUUGUCACGUACGGGAGAGAGCAGAACGGUCCUCCUAUUUGCUCUGUGGAUUACAACGCUGCCAGCUGCAUUAAAACAGCUUUGGUUCGGAAUAACCUACCGAUGAUUAGAUUUUUGGCACAUAAAGGUCGUGCAACUAGCUUCUCGCUCUCCAAUGCAUUCGCUGCCAUACCGCCGAAUCCGAAUGAGGAAUCCCACUUCCUAGUGGUUGAAACGUUGCUACGGGCUGGUGCUAAAGGUCCCGGUGUCGACGAUGAAUUACACCGAGUAGCGACCAGACCGCAGAGAUCCGACCGACUCGUCGACAUCCUUGUCCGACACGGAGCAACUGUGCUGGAAGAAACACUACUAGGUGUAGUCACUCAAGGUUUGGCGGAGACCCUUAGGAUACUUUUGUCUGGAAAUAUUGCCCCCGCGACUUGCACGGCAGCAAUACCACUGGCAAUGAAGCUCCAUGACCCGUUCAAUCGAUAUCAGAUCAUCCAGCUCCUCUUAGCUCCUGCCACAGCAGCUGGUACGGAUAACGUCCAAGUCUCUCAGGCUGUCAUCACUCUUCUACAGAAUACUCCUGAAGACAAUCACCUCCUAAACUUGCUUUGCCAAGACGGAAAAGCCAAUAUCAAUGCGCAAGAAGGCCUAGCCGUCGAAUUGGCCACGAAAUUAGAGGGCCUUGAGAUCCUGGAAGCAGUGCUCAAAAGCCAUGGCGGCUUACCUGCUUCCACCACUGUGCAGAGAGCUCUGAGAUGUGCUAUCGAGCUUCCUACAACAGACAUACAUCGUCGCGACAAGGUCGAGAUCCUACUUCAAGUGGUUAAGCCGCAGCAAGCUUUGGAUGAUGCGCUCAUCCAAGAGAUCAAAUCUGCCACUAUGGCAGAGUCGAGUGCUGAUCUUGGCGUAAUCAGAGUUUUAUUAGACGCUGGAGCGGAUGUGAAUGCACGUGAAGGCGCAGCGGUUUGGGGAUCCAUCAAUUAUCCAGACAUCAUGGAUCUCAUGCUCUCCAAACGUCCAAGCAUGAUCAGCCUCACCAAAGCCUUGCAGCAAGCCAUGAAUCUGAUAGAGCCAGCACGAUGCAUUCUGGCCGAGAAGCUUUGGAAAGCCGGUGUUUCUGGAGAAGUGAACAACAAAUCCAUGGUUCAUGUACUAAAGAACGAGAAGGAAACAGCGAUUUCUAUACUGAGACUGAUGGUACCACGUGCGGACGUUAAUUAUAAGGAAGGACAAGCGCUACGUUUGGUCAUCAAACAUAUGUUCAUCGAAGGCCUUGAUAUACUGCUUGCCGCAUAUCCAAUCAUACCAUCAAAUUCCACGAAAACCGCAGCAUUUAAGGAAGCUAUGAAUCUCUAG